UGGUUGCACGAAUGAAAUACAGCACGUGACACAAUGUUACGGAUUCUCUCUCUCUGCAGUGACUGUGUGGCCACAGUCUUCCUUCACUCGAAGCUGCCACCUUCCCGUCCUCCCAAAUGUCGGGGAGUAGCCAUGCGUAUGCAAGGGCAGAGGACUUCCGACGAAGGAAGGACACGUGAUGAUACGCUUUUCAGAGCUGGACGGGAUACCACGUUUCAUGAGGAAUGCUAAGAAUGUGACGCAUCGGUCGCAAAUGAGGAGGAAGGAGCAUUUCAUACAGGUCAUAACAAAUGGGACUGGUUACCUGGGGAGAAAGGCGGAGGACGUUGACAUAUCAGCGGGCGGAUUCGUGCAAAUGACGGAGGUGGACUUAAAGCAAGAGACAUGGGAGGACGGGAAGGUGGCAGCUUGGGUGAAGAGAUUUGAAGGUUUGGUGAUGACCCCAAUUGACCGGAACCAGGGUGAUACUGCGAUGAUAUGCCCGGUGACAUACCGACACGCGUUUGGGAAAACAUUCAUGUGGAACUCCGACUACGUGACGAUGAGAGAAGAGGAACAAAUGAUUCUCCAGACAUCGCGCAAGGAGUUUGAACAAGCCAGACUACAGAAGAUCGUGAAUUGGAAGACCGAUGGCAGGAUUGGACGAGCAUACGUGAUCCUAAAGGACAAAGAUCUAUCACGGUGGAGACCAAUCGCACCAGCACAUGGAGAUCCAGCUAGUCUGGCACAGAAAAGAGUCUCCAAAGCACUACACUAUCUCAUCAAGAAAUUUCCGACCGAGCAGUCAUUUUACCUGAAUGCGAUUCAGGAGCUGCCGGGACUACUAGAGGCAGUGCAGAGAAGGUUUACCGAGAUGGGGUGCACGGGGGAAGAAGGGCAAUGCUACGAUAUCAAGGAUAUGUUUACAAAAAUACCGCAUGAGGCGGUGCGGCGGUCAUUGACCCUACGGGUACCUCGUGUACUUCCAUGUGGUAGAGUAGUCGGAAGGUGGGUAACAGACGGCGAUAAAACCAGGGGAAAUAAAGGCGGUGAAGAUGGGGGGGAUGAAGUCAGGGGUGGUGAAGUGGCUGAAUCAGAGACAGGGGGGGCAAUCGUAGGUGAGACCCGAAGAGGGGACUCUGCAGGUGGUAAUGCAGGCAUGGCCACAGAUGCCAUGGAGGAACGCACCGAGACCAGGGGCGACACAACAGAUGCGGUGGUCACGGAUGCCAUGGAGGAACACACCGAGACCAAGGGCGACACAACGGCUGCGGUGGCCACGGAUGCCAUGGAGAAACACACCGUGACACCGAGACCAAGGGCGACACAGCAGAACACAACGGACGCAGUUUCCUCUGCCCCGUCGUCUGUCGAGGUACCGUCUGCCUCACAGUUGACCGCCGCAUCUAGCGCUUCCCUCCCGAGACUUCCGACGCGUCGUGCCAUUCGCUCAACCCAUUGUAGCGCUCAACUGGCGACUCGCGAUGACGUUGUGUCAUCUCUCCUGGAUUUGAGCAUUCUUCAGGCUCGUCAGGAGCGACUCACAAGACACGUCAAUGUCCUGCGUCGUCUUCUCGCUCUGCUUUAUGACCCUGAUCGCACCCUACCCAUUAUCCCUAUUCGCCUAGGGACAUCUACGAGGGUGUACCGCGCUUUAUGGGACUCUGGCUCGCAUUGGGGUUUCGUCCACCCUCGAGUGGUUGAGGAAGUUCGCCUAGCUACCUCUGGGUCUCGCUCUCCUAUCUCCGCUACCCUCAGAGAUAACAAGACACAACGCUUCUUCGAUCAGACGGUCCCUGACCUCCACUUCUCCCUCACCCUCCAGCCAUCGGAUUGUACCCAGGCACCUCGGCGCCACCAUUCCUCUGCAUACUUCGACGUGCUGGAGACUGGGUACGACUUUAUCCUUGACACUCCUUGGUCUCGCCGGUUCCGUGGCACAAAAGCCGAAUGGGCGACCGAGACAGUCGUUCUCAAAACGAAGUGUGGUCAGACCCAUCGCAUCCCCUUCAUUGGGACCACGGGCGACACCCCUCCCCGGCCUCCCGACCUACCUCCCCAGGACCCUCGUCCCUCAAGGUCCCACCCCAACAUCGCCUUCACUUCCCCUCGUCAGUUUGCUCACUUCAUACGACAAGAGGACGUCACAUUCUACUCAAUGAACGUCAUGGAUCUUCUUCGCUAUGAUCCACUCUGUCCUGAGGUUGAGCUCAUCUCUCUGGAGCCCGAUCCCCCUGACCCUUCCUCCAUCUUUGCAGCUCCCAUCUCUACGUCCACCCAUCAACCUGCGGAUACCCUCUCAAGGUCCCAUGCCCCUGCGCCGUCGACUGUCGAGUCCACACAUACGUCUCGCGCCGACGCAGACGUUGAGGAACUCACACGGUUCACGACAGACUUAGAGUCGGCUGUUCGCGACCUGAUUCGAGAUUACCGCGACGUCUUUCCCCCGUAUUUCUCAUAUAGCGGGAUUCCCCCGAUGCGCAGUAUUGAGCAUUCUAUCCAACUCGUGCCUGACUAUCGUGUUCACCAUCAGGCACCGUACCGACUCUCGAUUCCAGAGGCGACGGAACUCAAGUGCCAGCUUGAGGAGCUCCUUCGACUGGGUUUCGUUAAACCCAGUAACUCCCCUUGGGGUGCACCUGUCCUCUUUGCUCGCAAAGCGGACGGAACUCUUCGCCUCUGCAUCGACUACCGCGGUCUUAACCGUUACACGGUUAAGAACAAUUAUCCUAUGCCCCACGCGGAUGAGUUGUUUGACUGUCUGGCAGGCAACCGCUUCUUCACGAAGAUCGAUCUUCGUAGCGGUUACCACCAGAUCCGCGUUGCCACAGAGGAUCAGCCGAAGACCGCCUUCCGGUCGUGCUUCGGCCACUACGAGUUCACGGUGAUGCCAGUCGGCCUCACCAAUGCACCCGCCACCUUCCAGACGGCGAUGAACGACAUCUUUAGGGACAUCCUUAAAGAAUACGUUCUCGUAUACCUGAAUGACAUCUUGGUCUACACAGCUAUUGUGGGAGGAGUGGGAGGAGGAGGAGGAGGAGGAGGAGGAGGAGGAGGAGGAGGAGGAAUGCAUCAGCAGCGGAGUCUGAUAAGAAACUCAGUGUCGGUUGGGUUUCUUCUUAGCACACUGGUGACUCUGGCAUUUGGCGCUAAGACUUCAUACUACUUCUCAUCAACAAUGGGGGACGAUAGCUUGAGCGAGCAGCAGGCUCAGAAAUCAUCGACCCCUUGGAAAUCCCUUUCCAAGGCGGCUAGGUUAUCACUUGAACCAGGUGACAAUUUGUUUCUCUGUAGAGGUGAUGCUUGGUUCAAUGAGAAGCUAGAGGUGUACGGAAGGGGUACACCUGAUCUACCUGUUCUUGUCGGCUCCUACACCUGCAAUAAAGAUGUUCCAAGGGGUGUGCAUCCGUUGGUCAACCCUGGGUUGCGAAUCCUGGCAUCGGUAGUUCGAUGGAGUAAAUGGGGUGCCAACAAGAAUGUCUUGGUCGCCAAUCUUUCCGCAUUCAUCCCCAGAGGCCAAGAGGUUCAGUACUGGGGCAUCUUCAUUAAUGAUCUUCUGUACCACGCUCCCCGAAUUCCAAACUAUGUGAAUCCGAUGGAAACAAGCGGUAGUGUGGGUGAGUUCUGGUGCCGGUUCCAGAGCAUAGGCAAAAGUGGUGAUGGUGAAUGGGAGAUGAUUGCACCAAAGUCGUAUUUGAAUGCAAAGUUUCCUGAUGGGUUUCUUAAUGGCUCACGGGCAAUCAUACGCAGGCGGGCAUAUGACUGGGGACGAUGCGAUGUGAAAUACCACAAAGGGGCCUCAUUCUUCACAGAGCGAGAGUGCUUCUCCGGUGGCGCGUACUUCGAAGGGCCGCUCAAGCUGCUGGAUGCUCCACGCGAAGCGUUUUUUGACAAUGCGGAACAACUUCUGUAUGUGUACCCAAUUGCAGGGCACAGGAGCGACAUCAAAGUUAUCGACUUGGUCACCGAUUUUUCUCAGCAAGGGGUGCUAAUCCGCGCUGGAAGCCAGAACAUUAUUAUCGAGAACCUGCGAGUCGAAAAGGCGCAGACAGGAAUGGAAACCGAGUACUAUGAACGUAACGAUGACGACGCAACAUGGAACGUGACGUUCAGGAGGAACGUCAUCCAAAAAUGCUGGCAUGGUGUGCACGUGCCCGUUCCGCGAGGUGUCAUGUGGGUGGAGCUCAACGACAUUGGGUGGAUGAUUGGUAAUGGAAUCCAUGGGUUCCUUCAAACUGAUGCCCAGUCCACGAUGUCAACAUAUAUGGCAAGAAGGAAUUUGGUCCAUCAUGUUGGGUACAUUUGUGGCUGGUCGCGAGGCAUAGGUAUCUAUGCCAACAACAUAAUUGGCAACAUAGUUUACAACGUGGGGUGGUCGGCGUGUUACGGAGUCUGGUUCAGCUACAAUCUUAUCCAAGGAAACACCAUCUACGACUUCUGUCGUACGACCAGUGAUGGGGCUGGGGUAUACAUAUUUAAGACAGCGGAUUUCAAUGGAAUGAAGGUGGUAAGAGACAACUACAUCACUGAAGGGUAUGGCAACGAGCUGGCGAUAAUGUGCUCUCUGAAAAAUGACAAGUACGAGGCGACCCAUGGCAUCUAUUUGGAUGGGAAUGCAACCACGAGGUUCGAGGUCGUCAACAAUACCAUCACGGACAUCAGGAGGGGGGUCGGCAUACGACUAAACAGGGCAAUGAAUGGUCUAUGGGCUGACAAUUUUAUAUUCAACAGCCCAGGAUGUGGAAUAGAACUGGGGGGUCGAAAUAAUACAAAAUCUAAUGACGUUUUCAACAUGUACAGCAACUUGAUUGGUGGUGGAGACUGCAUACUCAUGUUUAUUGCCUGGGACAACCCCCAGCGGAUUAACUCUAGAUAUGCCAGGGCGUAUUUAGGACGGGACACAAACAACACCUUUUGCCCAGAGGCCUUGACAGAUAUUCUGAAUAGAUAUCAGUUCUACACUAUUGCAAGGUAUCAAGAAGGUGGUGAUGUGUACAACGACACCCUUGUUACGCUGGAGAAAUGGGCUGACUAUAUGGAUCGGUUCGAUGAUUAUAGCAGAGUUUGUGAGUUCAUGCAGUGGCGGGAGGUGCAGAGGAAGCUCUCUGAGUUGCAACGCAUUUGGGCGACAACAAGAAAGGUACAGAAGGGGAGGGCUGACCGGAUAGAUUGGUUGAUGGGGUUCAUCAGACCUGAUGGUGUUAAGCUCGUGCCGGACCCCCCACCUCCACCUGUCCAAGGCAGUGCGGAGGUCUUGGGAACCGAUUCUCCACAAUUAGAAUCAUCUGAUUUAGAGGAGCUGCCAGAGAAAGGUGCACCCAUUGUACCGCUUGUUGCUGUCACAAGCAUUUCAGGAAUGGUCUUAAUAUUGGAUGUCGCAGCACUGCUGUACAUGCAGAAAAAGCACAGACGGGGAUGAUAUCGGGACUCCUCUUGAUGCAACCAUGACGCCUCGCUCCACGACAGAACACUCUACAUGUAUCUGGAGCUCAUAAUCGUCCCGGUACAUUCAAAAUGUUGGACUACUCCGGAUGCACCCAGUCCAGAAAGCCAAGUGUAUCCAGAGGGAUGAGUGGUGGAGCGCGGCCCAUCCGCUGAUGGAUUCGUAGCAGCCCCCAGAAACAGACGCACCCAUCACACCACUGAUUGCGUUGACCACUGUUUCACCUAUACUCUUAAUAAUGGAUGCGGCAGCAGCCACAGCUCUGUCGUACUUUUGGAUAACACACAGCGUGAGCAACUCGUUAUCCAUCCAUUUGCUCAAGCAUCCGUCCAUUUGACAAGUCUUACUGUAUUUGUGCUGUGAGUCUGUUUUCUUUAAUGACGGUCGCCACUGCUGUGGCAAAUGUAUAGAAUGCGUUUAUGGAGUUGCCCCGCAGC